AUGUCAGCGACUACAAGCAUCGGCAAAGAAGACGAGCGACAACCUCUCUCAAAUGAGUCGGAUUACUUCGAUCCGGAGGAACCACCAUCAUCGGUCCAACGCUGGAAAUGUAUAGCCUAUUCACUUGCCAUACUCUCAGUUGUCCAGUUUCUCUAUACAAUCUCGCCGAAACAUAUUCCCACCACAAAUACUUACGAGACCGGUUUCUCGACAGACUUUGACGAUGUAAAGCCACAUAUUCGGCUGGAAGAACGGAGAUUCAGCUCGGCAAUCCGGGCCACAGAAAACGGAACCUUAUAUCGCGUUGACGAUCCCCGCGAAAAGCGAUAUACGGGGAACUACCCGCCGGAGGAGAUUAAUGCGUCCUGGGAGGAGUUGAUAGGAGAGCGAUAUUUUCUGUUUGAGCAAUAUGAGAUUGAGCAGAUGAAUCAAGAUACGUCCGAGUCCGAGCUAGAGCCCCUCAAGAAAAUGACAAAGAGUGUUGUUGUCCCGCAGGACGGUGUUUAUGGAGGUGUGGAUGUGAUGCAUUCAUUGCAUUGUCUAGACAUCUUGAGGAGACGCAUCAGGCCUGGGGGACCCAUGGGCCACUACCAUUCUCUCCCGGGUGAAAUCGAGGAGAUGCAUGUUGAUCAUUGCAUCGAUCAGCUGCGCCAGACAAUCAUGUGCUCCGGAGAUCUGACCCCGGUUACACUGAAACCCGUCGUUCAGACUCGAGAAGGCAGGCGAUAUCUGACCCUCUUAGGGGAGACGGAGCGCACGCAUACUUGUCGGGAUUUCGAAACUGUCCAACAAUGGGUACGGUCCAGAGGCAAGAAGGCAGCCGUUCAGCACGUGUGA